AUGGCAGCUAUAUGGUGGAAUACAGCUCGAAUUGAGAGCACUGUCACCCGGGACUUCGUUUCGUCCCGUAUCCCAACGGACAGGAUCGAUGACUUGGACGCGGCGACAGGUUUUGGCGAUGGCUUGACGGAUGGCACCUACUGGGAAUGGAUUGAAGAUAAGGCGAAGCGUAUCUUCCUGAUUCUGGACGACAUCGGCAUCCCAGAGAAUAUAUUUGGUGUGGUCGACAACUCGUGGGACGACGGCGAUUUGCCCAUCUCUUUUGAGCAACUCGACCGUUUGACAGGCAAGUCGGAUGUGAAGCUGAAUUGGAAAUUCUACGACCGACAGUUUUAUUACAUGUUGAAGGAAAUUGACGAGGGCAUCCAUACAAUAUAUGAGGAUGAUGAGGUUGUUCCUAUCAACGUCGUUGAGAAACGACCAGUCGCAGCGCUGAACCAAAACCACUCGAUCGACAAGGUUAUCGUGCCGAGCAGACCCGACUUGAUUUUCUCACGCCGAAGGAUACCCAUCGCAAGCAUUCCAAAGGACGCUGCCUACGAGGAUUUCUUGGGCGAGGUCAGAAGAACCCGUAACUCUCAGAACGAGCACGUUGUAUCGUACUUUGCGUCUUACACACAUCUUGGAACAUUAUAUGUGCUGUUUACUUCAAGCGACUACAGCCUAAAAAAUCUACUUGCGACAAUGCCGGCACCUCUGAAGGCACUUUCAAAACCGGAGAGACGAGCUCACACAAUGAACUGGAUUCACUGUCUGGUGGAUGGCCUGUGCUAUUUACAUAGCAAAGGUCGAUCUCACAGAAACAUAAAGCCAUCUACAAUCCUCUUCGACUCAGAUCAUCGGAUCCUCCUUGCCGAUACCGCCCACCUAAACGUUGAGUCGGGCGGCAGCUCCUCGGACACGGCUGCUUUCAAUAAGGAGUCGUACGAUUACGCUGCUCCCGAGCAAUGGUUUCGCCCUUCCAACACCAACUCGGCACAUCGGAAGGGCCCCAUGGCUUCUUCUAUGGCAUCUUCCGCUGGGAAUUAUUCGCUCUCCAUCAGCCGCGGCGGUCCAGAAUUCGGCUCUGCACACCACGCAAUAACGCCCAAACUAGACCCUCAAGCAGCAGAUGUCUUCUCGCUGGGCUGUAUCAUUCUAGAGCUGCUAAGCCUCCAGAUGAAGCGGACCUCCAAGUCAUUUGCCUCUCACCGGGGUGCCAAACACAAGUCAGCCGGCCGAGGCGGUGCUGUCCUGGAUACUUCUUUCCACAAGAACCUAGGCCAGGUGGAGUCGUGGAUGGCGGGGCUCGCGAAAGACGCGAGCAAGAAGGACGAGCCUAUCUUCCAUGGCGUGGCGCCUACGCUGCAGCUCGUCGCUCGUAUGCUGUCCGUAUCGCCACUCGACAGGCCCACGGCCCGCGAAGUCGAGCAACACAUGUACCGAACCCUGACGGAACACUGCCAGAUACUAGAGCCGCAUUGCGUCCACCAAUACGGCAGCCUUGGCUCUGCACUAGAUAACCUGCGGUUGAGCGACGACCCUGGAGAUAUAUCCAUCUACACCAAGCGGCAUAGCGGCAAUGCUUGGCCCUUGGGCCACAGGCGGUCGACCAGCAGUGCGACGCCGCGUAGCCCAAGGGACAGCGGCUUCCAUGCCAUGCAGGCUAUGCGAGCACCUGGACCUCAGAAUUGGGCUGCACCCGUCUACGCUGGUGGGAUCUGA